GUGAUCUCCCUCACACAGCCGCUCGGCUCACGGGUUCUUUGGUUGCUUAUCUAGCUCCGGCCACUCGUAGCCAGUGGCAUUCCGGUCAAUAGGCGCCGAGGUCUCGCCGCCGGCCUAGAGAGAGAAACAGAUCAAGAGAGAAGAUUCGGAUAUAUAUAGAUAGAGAGAGAAAGUACAGGGGUUAAGAGAGAGAGAGAGGGGGUGAGGCCGGGGGGGCGGCAAGAUAGAGGGGAGCGUGCGCAGGAAGCUGAUGAGGCUCCUGUCGUUCGUGCCCUGUGGCUGCCGUGCUGGACCCAUCGACGACGCGCCGCCCGCCGAUCACCACGCCGGAGACGCCGCCGCCGCGGCGAGGAGGAGGCGCCGGAGGAGGAGGGUCGCCGCCGCCGGAUCCGUUGGUGGUGCAGCCGCCGCCCAGUACUGGCGCCCGUCGCUCGGGGACAUCUACGAGGAGUGCAGCACCGACGCGGCCAAGGCCGCCGCCGGCGGGCCGGCGAGGGCCAAGAAGGCGGCGUCCUGGGACGUCGCCAGGGUGCUGCCUCGCGCCCACAGCGAUGAAUACCGGCACCUCGAGAGGGCGUCGUCCAUGCCGGCGUUCGCGCCGACGGCGUACCUGUUCUGAUGACGAUCAUGGCGGCGGCGUCGGCAUCGACCACGAAUCGACGACGACGACGACGACAAGUACCGGCCACCAUAAGUAUUGUCUGAAGCAUGUAUACAGAUUAUUAGCCACGUAUUGCAGGACCAAGGAUCUAUACGCAUCCAUCAGGAGGAAAUAAAGUUUGUCUCUUCUUCGGUUCUUCCUCAAGACAGAGUCGUCACAGAGAGAGAUAGCAGCGCGCGCGUGUCUAUAUAUAUAGUGUGUGUGUGUGUGUGUGUGUGUGUGUGUGUGUGUGUGUGUGUGUGUGUGUGUGUGUGAUGGUUUGGAUGAGCUACUAGAGAUGAUGUGCGCAUAUACAUGUGGCGUCAUCGAUCACCAUGCAUGACAUGCUCGCUUGUAAUAAUAAAUCUUCUCAUGGUGUAAGUGUCAUGCACAUAAUUACUAUGUAAGUAUAGAGAGAGUGGUGAUAAUUAGAGACUAUCAAAGUCCACAUAAGUAUAUGAGAAAUUUGCAGCUGAUGGUACGAAACUUAAUUACAUUGAUA